AUGUAUAAUACUGAAUUUAAAUACGCACAGAACGGCGGCCGAUCAUUCAUUCAGUUGCGUCUCGCACUGCCUGUGGAGACUGCAGUCAACUCUGGACCCUUUACUAUCUGCCCUAAGGAUACCUCAAACGUCGAAGAGCACAACAUUUUCUCUUUAGAUGGUGCUAUGUUAGCGUUCGAUGCCGUCAAUAUUGACUUUUCCCUAUCUAGCGACUGUAACGUUUACAACCCCUUCGUACUGCACACGUCACCGCCCACCCCGCACCCGUCUCUCCCGCCCAAUCUCCACCCUGUUCGCGAGCAAAUCCUGAUCCCGCACCACCCAGCCCUGGACGCGCUUCUCUGGCCUUCGGUACGCGAGAAGCUGAUUUGUGUGCUCCACCUCUCCUCCCACCAGCGCCCCCCAAUCACGCACGGCACCCGCGGCGAACCCAUUCAGCGCCUCAUACACGACAUUUAUGACUAUUCCUCCGGGUAUCGCGUCCACAGCAACACCGCUGGUUGGUCCCCGCACCACGAGAUGGCCGAGGAGAGCUGUGAGGAAGUCAAUGGGAUUGAUUUAUCUAGGAUUAUGCCCGGAAAAGGUAGAAGGGAAACGCUCUCGAAUACAGCACUAGUAAAUCUAAGUCAGAGAAAGAAGGUGGGAAGAAGGGCAAUCUACCUACAUUCCAACCUCAACCUAUUCAAGACCCUCAUCUCCUCCCUCCUCACAGCUAACGACCAGGCUACUAAUCCAGCAAAACACCGCACCUACUCAACUAUGCUGCGGCAACGGUAA